GAGCACACGUCGCGCCCCCCAGUGAGUGAGAAGAGCACAAUCGUAGUCGUUCUGAAGACGUGCAGUGUGAGUGCGCGUCGUGUGUAGUAGCGUAGCGUAGGGAAGUCACAAAAGCCAUCUCAACAUGUGCAACCGAUCGUUGGUUCUGGAGCUGCUGCUGGUGGUGACGGUUGCCUCGGCGGCGGUCAGUGCUGCUUCGUGCUCGUGGCGGGCGGCCGGAAGCAACUGGUUCGGUGGCGAAAUCUGCAUCCUGCAAAAAGUGUACGACGACUGCCAGGAGAAAAGCGAUUUCACCGAGUGCCUCAAGCAGAAGGCACUGACCUCGCUGUCGAGGGCUAUUGAUAUGGAUUCCAUUCAACUAGUCGAUGGAGUGACCCUAGUCAAGCAAAACGUCACCGAUGAUACCGAGAACGAAACCGUCCCCGGACUGUCGGACGCCCGCGCCCUGGAAGGCCUGAGCAGUACGGACCGUUCCCUCAUCCAGAAGUUGGACCGCUUCCUCAAGACACACACCGUCAAGAUGGAUCUGGCUGAAGCACGAGGCCGCGGUGACAAGAAGAACGGCAGCCGAUACAUCAUCGCUGCCAUGCUCACCGCCAUCGGCAUUGCUGGCCCGAUUGGUUUGAAGACCCUCGGUGCCGUCGCCUUCAAGGCUUUGGUCAUCAGCAAGGUUGCGCUCACUAUCGCCAGUAUUUUGGCGCUGAAGAAGAUCUUCAAGAGCGAUCAUCACGAGGAAACCAGCUUCCAGUUGCACACCGGGCACGAAAACCGUCGUAACACCUACGUGGUCCGCCCGGCCCGAGUUCCCAACGACCCCUACCGGUACUACUACGAGCAACCUACGUACUAAAACCCGGACGUCAACCGAACUCACCGGACAUUUCAAACACACGCAACCAAAAGCCAAAACGCCCCACCCUCAACAGUCAAACCAAUGAAUUAGGAGAAUUUCAGAAUGGAACCCGUACGGAUAAAAGCAGCAGGAACGUGCAACUUAAUAUAUUUCCGCCAGAAUGGAAAUUACAUUGGAAUCGCAUCAGUUCUGGGACUGCCAGUCAGUCAAAUUCAUGAACAAUUGGCCGCAAACAGGCAAACAAGCAAAUGCAUAGAUAGCGCAGAAUGAACCACGUAUCGAAAGCAAUGAAGCGCGCGAACGAUCAGAGAUAAAGUAAUUACCAGGACGUGCGUACUACCUCUCUUGGUCGGCAACAGUGAUUGUCAUGUAAAUUAUUAUUUAUUUUAUUAACGGAAAGUGUAAUUUAUUUAUUUAUUGAAAAAACAACGAUGUCCCUCCUGUUUUGUCGAUAAGCUUAAAUUAUUGUUGUGCAAUAAAUAAAAAAUGAUGAAAUCGA